AUGGCCCAUUCAGAUAAUAGCGACCUUGACCCAUCAUGGCACGAUCUCGACCGUGCCAUUGGGCAGAUCCUCAUCAUGGGCUGGGAUGGCACUGAAGUCACUCCUCAGAUCAGAACCCUCAUCGAGGAUCACCACCUUGGAUCCAUCAUUCUUACUGCCAAAAACUUAAAGUCUGCCCAGCAAACAGCUGAAUUAGUCCAAGAGUUGCAGACCAUUGCUAAGAAUGCUGGUCACUUGCAACCCCUUCUCAUCGCCCUUGAUCAGGAGAAUGGAGGUGUCAACAGUCUUUUCGAUGAAGAUUAUGUUUGUCAGUUCCCUAGCGCUAUGGGGGUUGCGGCUACUGGGCGAGCCGACCUAGCGUAUGAGGUCACUAAAGCUACUGCAACCGAGAUCUCAGCUUGUGGUGUCAACCUCAUGUUGGGUCCUGUCCUUGACGUUCUGAACAAUGCCCGGUAUCAACCACUAGGAGUACGAGCCACUGGAGACGACCCGCAAGAGGUUUCUCAGUAUGGCCUUGCCGCCCUAAGAGGAAUCCGUGAUGCAGGAAUAGCCUCUUGCGGGAAGCAUUUUCCUUCUUAUGGAAAUCUCAACUUCCUAGGCUCAAAUCUGGAUGUCCCUAUCAUUACUCAAACACUCGAAGAGUUGAGCAUCAGUGCUCUUGUUCCAUUCCGCAAUGCUGUUGCAUCGGGGAAAUUGGAUGCCAUGUUCGUUGGAGGCUGUGGUAUAUCCAAUCCAUCCAUGAAUGUCAGUCAUGCUUGUCUGUCUGAGCAAGUCGUAGACGAGUUGCUACGAGAUGAGCUCGGGUUCAACGGUGUGGCAAUUUCGGAGUGUCUAGAGAUGGAGGCUCUUAGUCAUGAGCUCGGUGUCCAAAACGGCGUCAUUAUGGCUGUUGAGGCAGGCUGCGAUCUUGUCCUUCUUUGUCGCGCCUACGAUGUCCAGCUUGAAGCCAUUAAGGGUCUUAAGCUGGGCUACGAUAAUGGCAUCGUCAGUAAGGAGAGAAUAUUCACAUCAUUGAGAAGGGUACUCAACCUCAAAUCGACGUGUACCUCAUGGGAAAAGGCUUUGAACCCUCCGGGCAUUUCUCUCCUUUCUCAACUCCACCCAUCUCACCUUGCAUUGUCUCUCCGUGCCUACGACGACUCGAUAACAAUUAUUCGAGACAAGGAGAAACUCAUUCCACUUACAGCAUCGAUGCACCCAGGAGAAGAACUCCUGCUACUGACCCCCUUGGUAAAACCUCUUCCUGCAUCUUCUCUUACCAAGAAACUUCUCGCUGCCAAGGACAACCAAAGUCAAGCAGAAGGUCCACACGAGAUGUGGGCGCAUAACGAUGGCCGCGAUCGUCGUGCAAUUCUGAGCGGAGAAGGUGUCUUCCGAGAGUUUGGCAAAUCACUUGCUCGGGCUCGCAACGAGAAACUUCUUCAUACUAGCUAUACGGCCAAUGGUGUCCGUCCAGUACACGAGAAUCUAAUUCACAGAGCCUCUUGCAUCGUUAUUGUUACUGCCGAUGCCAAUCGAAACCUUUACCAGGCUGGCUUCACAAAACAUGUCGAUAUGAUGUGUUCCAUGCUGCGGGCUAGAGGGCAGAAGAAACAGCUGAUUGUAGUUGCAGUCAGCUCUCCAUAUGACUUUGCCAUGGACAAGUCCAUCGGCACCUACAUCUGUACAUUUGACUUCACGGAGAACGCCUUACAUGCUCUUGCGAGGACUCUUGUGGGAGAGAUCACACCACUCGGUACGCUCCCUGGGACGUUGCGGAAGAGCAAAAAAGUGGUCAAGUCCAGGCAACACUGGCUGGUUGAGGAGUACAGCGCCGGGCGUGAUGCAUCAGGGCUGAACGACCUUCUUCGGGCCGUCCACCGAGCAAGUGCACCAGAUCUACAAUUCUUACGUGCAACGACGGCCGCCUCGUUUCAGCUGAACAACCCCAGCAUUGCCGAGUCCCACUUUGUCGUCAGAAACAGCAGUACAAAUGCUUUGUAUGGGUUCGCUGCCACUUACUAUAUUCACGGCGUCGGUGUCAUGGGCGGUGUUUUUGUCGAGCCCACCAAGCGUGAUGUGUCUAUCGGAAGGUCUCUUCACCGACGAGCAAUCAGGAGCCUCUUGCAACGACGAGGUAUUAAACAAGUGCAAAUUGGCUCUGCCUUUCCUGGAGUUUUUCUUGGUAUCCCUGUUGAUGUCGAGGUAAACACUAUCAAAGAAUGGUUUGCGAAUAGUGGCUGGGAUGUCCAGUUUCCCCGCCGUGUGUCGAAUAUGGUCAUCCAAGACCUGGCAAACUGGUCUGCUCCAGAAGGAUUGUCUCAAAGUAUACAAAGAGCUGGCAUAAGUUUUGAUCUUAUUCACGGUCUAGACAACGCGGAUGGCGUGUUGAGUCAUGUUCGAACCCAUGCAAGCCCAGAGGUGCUAGAAUUAUACCGCCAUGCAUUGUCGGAAACAAAGCUGAGCGGAAUUGUCCGAGCAAAAGAUGCUUCGGGUAAUCUGUUGGGCACAGUCAUCGUUUGCAAGCAGCACAGUCACUUGGAAACAUACUAUCCAUCUCUGAAGUCCCGCUCGGAGGACAUCAGUGGGAUUAUCGCACCGGUUGUACCCUCUAUACCAUUGGCAACUCUUACUUUACAGGGUCUGGCAUUCAUGGGCGUCCGUCAAGCAAGGAACCACAAAGCAACGAAAGUUAUGCUGGGCUCAGCCGUGGACGAUGGCACCGAGUCUCUGACAGCUAUGGGUUUCGAGACACUUCAAGCGUUCGAGGAAAUUACCAACUCUCCAGAGAAUUUUUCAAGUCUGGCAUGA